AUGAAGCUAUUGCUCGCUCUAUGCGCGAUUGCGCAAUCUUUCCAGCCUGCUCUAGCAGCAGACUCGGUCGAUACUUGUGAUGCCUUUUGCCAAGGUCUUGCGCAAACGGCUGUCACGUUCGAGCGUUCACAAUUUGCUGAUCCUGAUCGUACCUUUUACAAGGUCCCCUCAAACUUCUCGAGAAAUCUCGCUCCCGGAACGAUCCUCGCUGUCGAGCAUGCCACAGAUUUGUCCAACUAUCUCGUUCCCUCCAGCUUGAGCAUGUCGCGAAUUAUCUACACGUCAACUGACCUCAACGGGACAAUCCAACCCACGUCUGCUUACAUUCUUUGGCCGUAUAUGAAGCCCGCUCGCUCCGGAUUCUCUGCAGUGGCAUGGGCGCAUGGCACAUCUGGCAACUUUGCGCCAUGUGCACCGUCAAACUACCGCACUUUGCAAUAUGAGUUCAUGGUGCCUUUUGCCCUUGCAAUGCAGGGAAUUGCUGUGAUUGCGCCAGAUUACGUCGGACUGGGUAUCGGUUCGCUCCCAGAUGGAACUCCUAUCCCACAUCAAUACAUUGCUUCUCCUGCGCAAGCCAACGAUUUGGCAAACGCCGUCAUCGCCGCACGAUCCGCGUUCCCUGAGAGCUUGGCAGCUAAUGGUCCCUUCGUUGUUGCUGGUCAUUCCCAGGGCGGAGCCGUUUCAUGGGCUUAUGCCGAGCGCCAGGCCAAACAUCCUGUUCCUGGUUACAAAGGCACGCUUGCAAUCGCACCCGGCCUCCGCUCAAUUACAUGGUUGAAAGCUGCGCUCGCUCAACUCGCCGCGGGUGCGCUCUCGCCUUCAUACGCCGUGUUAGUCAGUAUUCAGAACAAGCUCAUCGAGGGUGUCACUGCGGUUUAUCCUGCAUACAACUAUAGCGGUCUAACAGCCGCGAGCUAUGAUGUCUGGAAGAACGGCGUUGAGAAAGUCCAGGGUUGCUUGGCGACCGACACCUAUGUGCAAAGCGCUCUACUGCAGAAUGGUAACUUGACGCUUGAUGAGCUUGCCCGCCUCGAUUGGCCAGAAGACCCGAUCGUGCAAGAGUUCACGAACAGGACGAAUAUUGGAGGCAGAAAAUUCGCAGGGCCUCUUCUGGUACUAGUAGGGGAGAUAGACUCAACAAUCCCAUCGGAGUUAAUCGAGGAAGUGGUCGACGAAACGUGCAAGCUAUCUGAGAAGUCAUAUGACAAUGAAGAACUGCAUUUCAUGAGUUUUGGUCAAAUGAAUCACUUUCCGCUGAUCCAAGCAAGUCAGCACGUUUGGAUGGACUGGAUCAAAGAUCGCUUGUCAUCUGGGCCGAAGAACGACAGGAAACUCGCAAAGCCAAAGUGUAAAAAAACAGUAGUUCCUGGGUUCCGGACUAAUUCAACCGUGCAAUCAAUCACUCCGAACUGGUUAGUUGCUGCCGCCGACCCUUCCAAGGAGUGGGAAUACUCUUUCUAG